GGUCAUUUCAUUACCGGUGUUCGUGUUCGGCUCGACAGUUUUUAAUUUUUAGUGGUUUUUCAAUUUUCAUUUUAUUUGCUGGAGGUUGGCGGUAAUCAAUUUGGCGAAAUUACAAUUUGCAAAAAUUCAUUUGUCGUGUGCUUGCUUGAUUCUUGUUUUGAUAUUAAUUUGCUCUUUACAAGAAGUUACCAAAAAUGGUUGUCAGGCAGUACAAUGAAGAAUUAAAGUAUUUGGAAAAGAUUAAUCCAUAUUGCUGGAAAAUUAAAAAAGGUUUCCAACCAAAUAUGAAUGUGGAAGGUGUUUUCUAUGUUAAUAACACACUGGAAAAAUUAAUGUUAGAUGAAUUAAGGAAUUCAUGCCGACCCGGCAUGACAGGGGGAUUUCUACCUGGUGUUAAGCAAAUAGCCAACGUCGCAGCGUUGCCGGGAAUUGUCGGCAAGUCCGUCGGCUUACCCGAUGUCCACUCUGGGUAUGGAUUUGCAAUAGGCAACAUGGCUGCUUUUGAUACAUCUGAUCCAACAUCAAUUGUAUCUCCUGGAGGUGUGGGCUUUGAUAUCAACUGUGGUGUAAGACUUCUCAGGACUAAUUUACAUGAGAAAGAUGUGCAACCAAUCAAGGAACAAUUGGCUCAAAGUCUUUUUGAUCACAUACCUGUUGGCGUAGGUUCGAAGGGCAUUAUUCCUAUGAAUGCUAGAGAUUUAGAAGAGGCUCUAGAAAUGGGCAUGGAUUGGUCCCUGCGAGAAGGAUAUGUAUGGGCUGAGGAUAAGGAACAUUGUGAAGAGUAUGGACGCAUGCUGAAUGCUGACCCAUCUAAAGUCAGCCUCAGAGCUAAGAAAAGAGGUUUGCCUCAACUAGGAACUUUGGGUGCAGGUAACCAUUAUGCUGAAAUACAAGUGGUCGAUGAAAUUUAUGACAAAUUUGCUGCUGGUAAAAUGGGUCUGGAAAGGCUUGGUCAAGUUGUGGUAAUGAUCCAUUCUGGAAGUCGUGGAUUUGGGCACCAAGUUGCAACAGAUGCUCUUGUUCAAAUGGAGAAAGCCAUGAAGAGAGAUCAGAUUGCUGUCAACGACAGACAACUUGCUUGUGCAAGGAUAAAUUCUGUGGAGGGUCAAAACUAUUUGAAAUCCAUGGCGGCUGCAGCAAAUUUCGCAUGGGUCAAUCGUAGUUCCAUGACGUUCUUGACAAGACAGGCAUUUGGAAAGCAAUUCAAAAUGGCCCCUGAUGAUUUAGAUAUGCAUGUAAUUUAUGAUGUAUCACACAAUGUUGCUAAAAUAGAAGAACAUGUUAUUGAUGGGAAACUUAAGACUUUACUUGUCCAUAGAAAGGGUUCUACGAGAGCAUUUCCUCCGCAUCAUCCAUUAAUACCAGUUGAUUACCAACUAACUGGACAACCAGUGUUGAUUGGAGGGUCAAUGGGAACAUGCAGUUAUGUGCUGACUGGCACUCAUCAGGGUAUGACGGAAACAUUUGGAUCUACCUGCCAUGGAGCUGGUCGUGCACUGUCGCGAGCCAAGUCCAGGCGUAAUCUUGACUACAAGGAGGUGUUGGUCAAAUUGGAGGAAAUGGGAAUCUCUAUAAGAGUUGCUUCACCAAAGCUGGUUAUGGAAGAGGCUCCUGAGUCAUAUAAGAAUGUCACCGAUGUUGUCAACACGUGUCAUGCUGCUGGUAUUAGUAAAAAGACUGUCAAGCUACGACCAAUUGCUGUAAUCAAGGGCUAACUUUAAUAAUUCUGUAAUUUGUCAUGUAUUGAUGUAUUAUACAAUAUAAUUUCAUGAGUUUUGUACUAGAA